AUGUCUGGUGCUCUUAUAUAUGAUUCGAAGUCCGCGGGAUAUGCGCCCGAAUUCGAGUUUGGAGCGAGCUACAAUCCAAGCGUUUCUUACCACUUCAAUAGUGACGUUUCCCAGUUCCAUUAUGGUGUUAAACACCCUAUGAAGCCGUUUCGGCUCAUGCUUACAGAUCAUUUAGUAUCCUCAUAUGGUCUCCACAAAAUUAUGGACUUGUAUGAGACGAGACCAGCCACCAGUGAAGAGCUCUCCGAAUUUCAUUCAGAGGACUACGUUGAGUUUUUGAAGCGUGUGACACCAGAGAACUUGGCCAAACUGCCGCGUGGUUCAUUAGAGAAGUUUAACAUCGGGGAUGAUUGUCCCAUUUUCCAAGGAUUGUACAAAUAUUCUGCACUUUACGCAGGCGCCUCUUUGGACGCUACCAGGAAACUCAUAAACAACCAAUCUGACAUUGCAAUCAAUUGGUCCGGUGGCUUACACCAUGCAAAAAAAAGUAGCCCCUCCGGGUUUUGCUACGUCAAUGAUAUCGUCCUCAGCAUUAUAAACUUACUGCGAUAUCACCCCAGGGUCCUGUACAUAGACAUCGAUUUGCACCAUGGCGAUGGGGUGCAAGAGGCAUUCUACACUACCGACAGAGUCUUUACUGUUUCGUUCCACAAGUAUAAUGGUGAGUUUUUCCCAGGAACGGGUAAACUGGAUGAAACCGGCUGCUCACGCGGUAAGCAUUUUUCGCUAAACGUUCCGCUCGAAGACGGAAUUGACGACGACUCCUAUAUCAAUCUUUUCAAAAGCAUCAUGGACCCAUUAAUCACAUCUUUCAAACCUACUGUCAUAAUACAACAAUGUGGUGCAGACUCUUUGGGCCACGAUCGACUGGGCUGCUUUAAUCUGAACGUUAUGGCGCAUGGGGAAUGUGUAAAAUUUAUCAAAUCAUUUGGUCUCCCCAUGCUAGUACUAGGGGGCGGUGGCUACACUCCGCGGAAUGUCUCUAGGUUGUGGACAUACGAGACGGCUUUACUCAACGGCGUUAGUGUUCCAGAAGCCAUACCGGAAGAUAUUCCUUUCAGACAAUGGUUUGGGCCGGAUUUUUCACUACAUCCAGUGUUGGAUAACCUUUAUGAAAACAAGAACUCCAAAAGUUACCUCGAAAACAUUCGUAUUCGCUGUCUGGAAAAUAUCCGUUUUCUGCAAGGAGCCCCAAGCGUACGGAUGGAUCAGGAACUAAUACCCACCCAGGAUAUUAGUGGCCUAACGCAAGAGGAGGAAGAUACACUUAAAGAGCUCAAUGAAGAGACUGAUAGGUUCAGAUUUGAGCAAAGGGAAAAAGAUAGCAUAAGAAAGGGUGAAUUGGUAUGA